GCACCCGAAGUGGAUCGAGUUUAAUCAGUUCAUAGAAAAGCAAGAGUGCGCACACGAAAAUUUCGAGACAAAGCUGAAAAAUAGUUGGAAGGUCAAAUUGUUUUAAAGAGUUUUUCGGAGGAGACCACGUAUUCAAUUGAAGUGUGAUUUUCCGUUGGAAAAGUUGAAUUUUGGCAAGCAAAACUCGAGUGAAAAGAGAAGAAAGCGGAAAUACGAAAUGGGAAAGGACUUCUACAAUAUUCUCGGUGUGUCGAGAACGGCCACCGACGAUGAGAUCAAGAAAGCGUACCGCAAGUUGGCAUUGAAGUACCAUCCGGAUAAGAACAAGAGUCCUCAGGCUGAGGAACGGUUCAAGGAGGUGGCGGAAGCCUACGAAGUGCUUUCGGAUAAGAAAAAGCGUGAUAUUUACGAUCAGACGGGCGAAGAAGGACUGCGAGGUGGAUUGGGAGCUGGCGCUGGCGCUGGUGGAAUGGGUGGAAAUGGAAGCUUCCAGUACCAGUACCACGGAGAUCCACGGGCGACAUUUGCGCAGUUCUUCGGAACGAGCGAUCCGUUUGGUGUGUUCUUUGGAAACGACGGAAUCGGUUCGAAUAUGUUCUACACAGAAAUCGGUGGAGAGUCGGAUGAUCCAUUUGGUUAUGGUGGUCGAGGCGGUAUGGGACCUGGUGGAUUUCCGGGUGCAUUCCGGUCUCAAUCGUUCAACGUUCAAGGAUCGCCUCAAAGGAAGCAAAAGCUGCAGGAUCCACCGAUUGAGCACGAUUUAUAUGUGACACUGGAGGACAUCAAUAGUGGAUGCCAGAAGAAGAUGAAAAUCUCCAAAAUGGUCAUGUCACAGGAUGGAUCCGCACGGAAAGAGGAAAAGAUCCUGAACAUCAACGUGAAACCUGGAUGGAAGGCAGGCACGAAGAUCACUUUCCCCAAAGAAGGUGACCAGGUUCCAGGAAAAGUACCCGCCGACAUUGUUUUCAUCAUUCGGGACAAGCCACAUUCCCACUUCAAACGGGAAGGUUGCGACAUUAAAUAUACAGCGAAAAUCUCGCUCCGGCAGUCCCUAUGUGGCACUGUGGUGAAAGUUCCAACCCUAUCCGGUGAAAUCCUCACCAUCAGCACCGUUGGAGAGGUCCUCAAACCAAACACAGUCAAACGCCUGCAGGGUCGAGGUCUUCCCUUCCCCAAGGAACCAUCCCGGCGGGGUGACCUGCUAGUGUCCUUCGACAUCCAGUUCCCGAACCAGCUGAACCAAAAUGCGAAAGAUAUCCUGUCGGAUCUGCUCCCUAUGGAUACCAAUGCGUAAGCUGUAAGAGGGAGGAAAUAGCAAAACAUCGAGAGAGAGGGAGAACAUUCUAGAGCAACGGAAAAUACGUCGUCGUCGUCGUCGUCGUCACCGCCAUCGCUCAUGUCUGGCCUCGUGAUUAAUCUCUCUCUUUGCUCCUCUCAUUGGCUCUUCUGGUUGGUUCGAGAAGGAGAGCGAGAGAAACUUGUGUAAAUAGUCGUCGAGUUCGAGUGGAAAACAGCUCGAUUCGAGCAGUUAAGGUGAACGUGAUUGCGGGUUUGAAUUUAUCCGCUAUGUUUGUUUAUUUUUAAGUUAACCUUGUAAUUCAAUUUCUACUAGAAGCGUAGUUUCUAUGAUAAGUUAUUCGUUCAUUGGGGGGUGCGCGCCCUAUUAUGUAUGCGAGAGAAGACUGAGAGAAUUAAUUAAAUAAACUAGAUUUUAGAACAAAAUAUAAAUAGCCACAUUGAAACUGAUCAACCAACAACGUUAGUAAAUGCAACGGAAGAAAGUGUAGACGAUAGUUUUCCCCAAACAAAACAGUAAUUAAAGCGAUUAACGCUGGAACGUUGUGAUUAUUGCUACAUAUUUGUCUAUCAUUUUAGUAGUGUUGUUUUUUUUUUUCGUUUACCAAACUGUAAAUAGCGGAAAACUUUUAAUGAAUUCUUACCACAGAUAAAAUAGGUACGUUAUAGUACGUGAAAGAUGUGUACCAAAAAUCAAGAAUAAAUAU